GUGACGAUCGCACAACUUCGCUGUGCACGUCGGCUGUUUUUCAAAAUAUCUAAAAAGAAAAAUAUAUAUAAGAAUUAUAUAUGUAUGUAUAUACAACGGUGUAUAUAUUCACAUAUAGUUAAGUGUUGACACAGGCAUAAAUGCGAAGAAUAAAUUUUUUUCUUUUAAUAAAAUUGAAGUGCAAAGUGCUGGCUAUAGGCUCUACUCAAAGUAUUAAGAAAAAAAAACAAGGUUGACGCAGGCAAAAAAUGAAAUUCGACCAACUCAACGAAUUUAAUUAAACGCUUACCAGUUCGUUUCGUACGCCGCAGACAAUACUUGGAUUACGGGUUUCCGGUUGCGCGGCACAGAAAAUAAACUAUUUGCAACAAAAGAAUUUAAAAAAAAUUUAGUUUAAAUAAAAAAAUUAAAAAACCAACAAUAAUGCAGCGCAGAGUGCAAAAGUGUGUAGUGGCACAAAACUAGUGCGAAAAUAGAAAAAAAAAUUCUUCCAACAAAAUAAACGCCUAAGUUACGCCUAAAAUGCGCAAAUUAAAGAAAUAACGUUUCUGACGUCACAAACAUAAGCAACACGCUCGUAAAGUGUGCGCGUGUGUUAAAAUAUUUGUUGAAUGUGUGUGUGUAUUUCUGCGCUGAAGCAAGAAAUUUCCGCAGCAAAGACGCACAACCCAAAAAAUCGCAAAUUAUCGACGAAAUCAAACAAAAUUCAAUUAAAAAACCAAAAUCAACACAAAAUUCCAACAACACAAUGUCCACCAAAAUGACACUCAUCUCGAAAACCAUACUCUCCGUGCUCAUCACCGUCAUCAUACCGGUGCUCGGCGCGGCGCUUAGCAAAACAGUGCUCUAUCAGGCGCCCGACGAGUGUCGCUGGUCCGGCACCAGCGAAGCGGACAUUACGCUCGUCUGCCAUCUGCGCACCAUCAACUCGGAGUUGGAGAACACCAACUUCAGCGUUAUACAACCACAGAAUACGAUACGUCUACGGCUGGAGUGCAAUGAUGCGCUCUUCUUCCAGAGCAGCCUCAGUCCGGACUCCUUUCGUUCGUUGGUCGAGCUGCGCGCGCUGACCAUCGAGUAYUGCAAACUCGGCAAUAUAACGGAGGGUUCAUUCCGUGGCUUGCAGGAUUUGCGCAAUCUCACCAUACGCACGCAUAACGGUGACUGGUCGACCAUGUCGCUGGAUAUAGCGAGCAGCAGUUUUAGCGAAUUUCGUCAGCUCGAUCGUUUGGAUUUGAGCUUGAAUAAUAUCUGGCUGAUACCGGAUGGCAUGGUGUGCCCGCUGAAGGUGCUGACACACCUCAAUAUCUCGCAUAAUGAAAUACAAGAUAUUGGCAAUUUCCACUUUAGCGCGGCGUUGAGCUCACGCAAGUCACGCAUAUGCGGCACRUCGCUGACGCACAUCGAUUUGAGCGCCAAUAAGAUUGCCAAUUUGCCAUCGGCGAUAUUCUCCGGUUUGGGGCGACUUAGUAAUUUGAAUUUAGCGCGUAACGGCAUGAAUUUUAUCGCGGAUCGCGCUUUCGAGGGUUURGUCUCGCUCUCGAUAGUCAAUUUGUCCGGUAAUCGUUUGACCUCGCUGCCGCCAGAACUCUUCGCCGAGGCGAAAUAUGUCAAGGAGAUCUACUUGAAGAAUAACAGUAUUAAUGUGUUGGCGCCUGGCCUCUUCAGCGAGCUGGCUGAUUUGCUCGUGCUGGACUUAUCAGCGAAUGAGUUGAACUCGCAGUGGGUCAAUGCGGCCACAUUCGUGGGCUUGAAGCGUCUGGUUUUGCUCGAUCUGUCAGCGAAUAAGAUUAGCAAGCUGGAGGCCAGCAUCUUUCGUUCGCUCAGCUCGUUGCAGAUAUUGAAACUGGAGGAAAACUACAUCGAUCACAUACCAGACGGCGCCUUCGCCGAUCUUGCCAACUUGCAUACGCUCAUCUUGUCCAAUAACCGCAUAUCGAUGCUGGGACCGCACACAUUGCGCGGCCUCUACGGCAUACUCGUGCUGAGUCUCGACUACAAUGCCAUCACGAAAAUAGACACGCAAGCAUUGCGCAAUUGCUCCAGCAUACAGGAUUUGCAUUUGAAUGGCAAUAAGCUGAAGAGCAUACCGGAUGCGUUGAGCGCUGUGCCGCUGCUGAAGACGCUCGACAUUGGCGAGAAUCUAAUUAAGAACAUUGAAAAUACCAGYGUUUCGGCAAUGGCCAACUUGUAUGGCUUGCGCUUGACGGAGAAUAGCAUUGAGUUCAUACGACGCGGUGUCUUCGAUCGCAUGUCAUCGCUGCAGAUACUGAAUUUGUCCGGCAAUAAAAUCAAAGGCAUCGAGGGGGGCGCGCUGCACCGCAACACACAGCUGCAGGCCAUACGUUUGGAUGGCAAUCACUUGAAGAGCAUCGAUGGCUUAUUCACCGAGUUGCCAAAUUUGGUGUGGCUUAACAUUUCGGAUAAUCGCUUGGAGAAGUUCGACUACUCGCACAUACCGACCGGUUUGCAGUGGCUGGAUGUGCGUGCCAAUCGCAUCACGCAGCUGGGCAACUAUUUCGAAAUCGAAAAUGAGCUUAGCCUCAGCACAUUCGAUGCCAGCUCGAAUAUGUUAAGCGAGAUUACAGCGAGUUCGAUACCAAAUAGCGUGGAGGUUUUAUACUUGAACGAUAAUUUGAUCAGCAAAAUACAGCCGUACACAUUCUUUAAGAAACCCAAUCUGACGCGCGUGGACCUAAUACGGAAUCGCCUUACCACGCUGGAGCCGAACGCUUUGCGCCUAUCGCCCAUACCCGACGACAAGGACAUACCCGAAUUUUACAUUGGCCACAAUCCGUUCGAGUGCGAUUGCAAUCUAGAUUGGCUGCAGAAGGUCAACAGCGAAUCACGCACGCAACCGCAACUCAUGGAUCUCGAUCAGAUCUACUGUAAGUUGUCGUAUGCGCGCGGUAAGACGCACGUGCCGCUAAUCGAGGCUAAAUCGAAUGAGUUCCUCUGCAAGUACGAGGCGCACUGCUUUGCGUUGUGCCAUUGCUGUGACUUCUACGCGUGCGACUGCAAAAUGGAGUGUCCGGAUCGUUGUGCCUGCUAUCACGAUCAGUCGUGGACAUCGAAUGUCGUGGACUGCUCGCGUUCCGCCUACGAUCGUACGCUGCCUUCGCAUAUACCCAUGGACGCCACGCAACUGUAUUUGGAUGGCAAUAACUUCCGCGAACUCUCCAGCCACGCAUUUAUUGGACGCAAGCGUCUAAAGGUGCUGCACUUGAAUCAUUCGCGCAUCGAAAUUGUGCACAAUCGUACAUUUUACGGGCUACUCGAGCUCGAGGUGCUGCAGCUGAACCACAACAAUUUGCGUCAGCUGAAUGGUAAUGAGUUUCAGGGUUUGGACAAUCUGCAGGAAUUGUACCUGCAACAUAAUGCCAUCGCUACCAUUGAUACGCUGACUUUCACGCAUCUCUAUCACCUGAAAAUACUGCGGCUCGAUCAUAACGCCAUCACCGAGUUCGCUGUUUGGAACUUCCUGCCCGCGUAUCUGAAUGAGCUGCGGCUGGCGGGCAAUCCGUGGUCCUGCAAUUGUGAGUUCAUCGACAAGUUACGUGACUACGUCAAUCGGCGUGAAUCUGUGCAGGAUAAGGUGAAGCUGCGUUGCUCACUGCUCGCCGGCAAUAAUGCAACAGCAGCUGAUAACAACAGCGCGGUGAGCGGCCAACAAGCGGAUGCUGAGCAAUAUGCCAUCUACUUGAGUGGCGAUCCAUUGCUGGACGCACAAACGCGCUUCGUCGCCUGCAAUGGUGGUCUGCAAGCGCCACAACAUCAGUCGCCUUUGGGCGCGGCGGAUCCCAACGAUAAUGUCAUCAUGAAUGGUAACAUGACCUCGACGAAAAUGAUACUCUCACAGCCGCCGAUGCAUGAAUAUGUGCCGAUACUGGUAGCCGUAUUGACCAGCUUCGUUUUCGUGAUCAUCUGCACGCUGCUCGUGUUCAUCUUCCGUCAGGAGAUGCGCGUCUGGUGUCACUCACGCUUCGGCAUACGUCUCUUCUGCAAUGCGCAUCGCGACGUUGACAAAAAUGAACGUGAGAAACUCUUCGAUGCCUUCAUCUCGUACAGCUCGAAGGAUGAAGCUUUCGUUUGCGAAGAUCUAGCGCCUAUGCUCGAACAGGGUGACACGCGCUACAAGCUUUGUCUACAUCAUCGCGAUUUUCCAGUUGGUGGUUACAUGGCUGAUGCCAUCGUGCAAGCUAUUGAUACCUCAAGACGCACCAUUAUGGUGCUCUCCGAGAACUUCAUCAAAUCCGAAUGGUGCCGCUUCGAAUUCAAAUCGGCGCAUCAAUCAGUGCUACGCGACCGUCGACGCCGACUCAUACUGAUCGUGCUAGGCGAGGUGCCGCAAAAGGAUAUUGACCCCGAGCUGCGUCUCUACUUGAAAACCAACACAUACCUGCAAUGGGGCGACAAACUGUUUUGGGAGAAGCUGCGCUUCGCCUUACCCGACGUGCCGAACAAUCAGCGCCGCAUGCGCAACGCUGGCGUGGGCGGCUGCACCGGUGUAGGCGUGCACAUGCCCAUCGCUCAGCUGCCAGCCACACAUCAUCACCAUGCCCAUCACAUGCUGUCAGCGGGCGCCAGUAGUGGUGGCGCUGUCGGCAAUAUGUCAACCGGCGCUCAUCACAUGCACCACAUGCAUCCGCAGGCCGCGCUGCAACAUCAUCAGCUGCAACAUGCCAGCUUCCGCUCGCAAAUGCAUCACAACAUCAACGGCAGUCGACAGAAUCACAAUCGAAACAAUUCGGCCGCCGCGGCGGCUGCAGCGCAACAGCAACAACACCAGCAGGCCGCCAUGUUAAUGGGUGCGCCGGUGCAAUGCGCACAACUGCCGCUGCCGCCACAACAGUCACAACAGCUGCUGCCGACAGCAGCUAGCGCAGGCGCGCCACCUAGCAGCAUACAACAGCAGCAGUUGCCGCCACCGCCAUGCCCCAGUCCGCGCAGCAUCACGACGCAGUCUUCAGCGGCGGGUGGUAGCUCGCAGAGUUCCGGCCGCACAAUGGGCGUGCAUAUCUAAGAGCCAACAGCGGUAGCAGUAGUUUCUAUUGUAUAAGUGAAAGCGGGUGUGCGUAUGUGUUUAUAAACAGCUGUUGGCUUAGCGGGUGAGGUGUUGUGUGUAGUAAUAUUGACGCGAAAAUGUGCGCGCUGAAUGCUUCUAUGGUUCUUUACGCGGCUGUAGUCUGCCAAUGGUGCGGCAAGCUUUUCGAAACUAAAGAUCCCUUGCGUUCAUCAACUUUUCAACUGCGUUUCAUUGAGCUUAGUUCAAAGAACUUUUCGUACAACAGUUACUACACUGCGAGCUAUGUUUCUGGGUCAGCGUUCUUUGUGUUGUGCUUCAACAUCAGCAGCAAAACGGCAGAUCUCAGAUGGCGAUCGGCUAUUUACAUAUUACUAACGCGCUCACUUGCGCACAACAUUCACUAAUAUGCCACUGCUCUCAUCUACAGGCACGUGCAACUUCAUUGCUGUCUGCAUUUUCGCCUUUCACAUUUUGAAAUUUCCAUUCAGCAGCGAAUUGUAGGCAUUUUCCGAAUUCAGGUCAAACAAAUCGCCGGAACAAAACUCACCAGCUGUGUGUGUGUGUGCGUUCAAAGGCAGUAUUUUCGGCAGUAAAUAGAAAAACAACGCCGCGCUGCAUGCAACACUGGCACGAAGCACAAAAAUACAUACAAUUACAUGUUGAAAAACUAUUGCUCGAAAGUAUUUGCUAUUAAAUUAAAAACAAAAAAGCAAAAACAACAGCACGGCGCGUCAGUAGACGAAAUUCGAUUUGGCAUUGAACAUUUACUUCGUGCAACAUGCCUAUUGGCACAUAUUGCUUUGGCAUGCUUUGUGCCAUUGUGUGAGUGUAUGUGUGCAGCGCUGUUUGUCAGUUUUUGUUGUUGUUGUGCGGUUUUUUAGCGCAUUAUGUUGCAAUGAAAGCAGUUAGUCACGUUAAAGUUGUCGCCUGUUGUCUGCCUGGCUGGCUGCGUGACCGGCGCACAGCAGCUAAAGCAGCGCGUUGAAUUCGAACGGCAUUUUUUAUACUAAAAUGAAGUUGUUUUUUAACGAGUGCUUAGAAUUUUUGCAAUUAAUUGCCGUGGCUAGUGCGUACAGUUGUUUGAUUUUUGUUGCACGAACUUUUUCAUUAACUUGUUGUAAAUUUUUAACUAAAAUUAAAUUUUCUGAUUUUUCAUUUCUUGUAAUUUUUGUGUGAAAUUUUUGUAAAUUUUUUCUUGCCACAUUUGCGUUAAUUUCGUUAACAGGCAUAUUGAACUUCGCUGCCUAAUUAAAAAAGGCAUAUAAAACGGCUGCCUUUUUGCUUGAGCGCAACAAAUAUUUUACAACGGCUUGUUAGCUUGCAUUUCGAACAUUAUACUUUAACCAACAAACGCAACAGUUGUACGUUGCAUUGAAAGCAGUGUGGCAAAAGUGCAAAAAUGCUUACAAAAGCAGCCAAAAAGUAAAAAAAAAAAAUCGAGAAAAAAAGAAAAAAUUUACAAAGACCGAAACGUACAAGCGAAACACAUACAAAACUGUGCUUAUAUUUUGCCAAACAGCAACAACAAGUCGCAUGAGACAAGCUAACCGCAUUAAUAUUAUGUUGGCCAUGGCAAUGUUGCCACAAACUAGUUGCCGCGCACAACUCUGCGCCUGCCAAUGUUAUGUAUAGUAGUUGUUAGUGGCAUGUUGUUGUUGUUGUUGUUUAUGCACGUUUUACAUUGCAAAGCAGCAUGCUUUUGGUAUUGCUGUUGUUGUUGUUUUAUAUCAAGUUGUUUUUCCUACUCACUGGCCAUUAUGAGUUUCCUGUGCGCCAAAGCGCUACAGAAAAUUGAUGUUGCAUGCAACAAUCAUAAAAAGGCGCCGAAUAAAAAUAUUGCAAAAAAACAGCAACAGCAACAACAACUAGGCAGCGCACAGAAAAGUUCAAUGCAAAAUUGCGGCUAAAAGUAAUAAGCGAAAUAAGAGCAAAAGCCAGUGCAAGAAAUUAAGUGGACGCGAACACAAAGUUUGCUACAUAAAAAGCGUGCAGACGACUGUGGCCGGUUACAGAAAGUGGUAUAAUAAAGUAACAACAACAUAAACAGUAACAAAACAGACACAAACAAAACAACUACGAAACAGCGCUGAAAAGGCAGACAGGUUAAGCGAUCGAUAAAGUAUUCGAGAGCACAAGAGAGAGGGAGAGAAGUAGAGAGCUAGAGCGAAUGAAAGAGAGAGCUACAGUUCGUCAAAUAAACAAACUCACACGUCUGAUCGCCAGUUAGCCUUACACGGUAGACAGACCAACAGACAGCCAGCUGCAAACGUAUGUCGGCCCAAAAGCGACGCAGCGUUGCUUAGGUAGAAAAAGAGGCGGCCAAGUGGAUCGCCAGACAUGCACUUGGUCGAUCGACGGCGACAUGCAGCAAGAUCGUUGCUUCAGCCACAACACUUGAUGCCGCACCAUAGUGUGCUAUUUGACGAUCGACCUGAGAUGAGGUAGGCAAAAAGUGUUGGAAGCAAAGAGCGAAGCAAACGAACAAAAGACUGUGCAGAAGGCGAAAGUAGAUGCCACAGGCGGCUGAACUGGCAACAAAUAGGGGAAGACACAAAAAGACAGACAAGCAGUAAUAAAAAUGCUGUAUGCGUGUAUGUUUAGUGAAGGAAAAACAGAGCAAAACAGUUAUCAACAACUCUACAGGGUACGACGCAACGACAAGAAGUCAAACGCUGAGCGCGCCAGAGCGUCCGAUCGAUACGUUGAUUACGGCUAGCGAGCAAAACAAAUGUGACUGACGUAGAUCGGUAUUGGCUCCCUAACGCGGCUGACUUUUUGACGGACUGUGUCCAUCGGAUGAUGACUGGCCACUGCAUGAUUUUUAAAAAAUUUCAUUCGUUGUUGUAUUUUUGCGGCUUAAGGUCCGAAUAGUCGGUUUGGUUUUGGUAGUCGACAGAGAAAAGUAACUGCAGCUGAAAAUUUGGGGGAUAAUGUGCAGCAAAGUGAGAAGAACAUAGAAAUAUUGAGGUCAGCAAUAUUUAAAGAAUUAAAGAGAAAUAUUUAUUAGCGUUGUUUAACUGUUAUUUUUUAUUAAGCUUUAAAAGCUUUCGAUUUUCUAAAUUUGUGUGAAAGCUCCAAAAUAAGGCGAAAAUUUAAUGAAAGCUCGCAAAAUUUCAGUGAAAGCUCUAGAGUACUGUAAACAUCUUUUCCAAAAUUGUGUGAAAGCAACAAACCACUGAAAAAAAAUUAUUAAAUCUUCCUUAAAUUUCAGUGAAAGCUCUAGAAAACUGCGAAAAACUCCUAAAAGCUUUCAUGCACUUUGUAAAAGCACUUGACUACAAAAGUUAGUAUUACAGCCCGCUGUCUGUUAGCAAAAACGUCGCACAAAAAAAAAA